GUCAUCAAACCUCGCCGUCACGUCCCUGCACACAGCAGUCAGCGAAUCAGCUGUGGAGGAAGCCAACUUUGCUUCAAUCUGCGACAAGAACAGUCUUCUCCGUGACUGUUUGGUUAGUCAACAGUUAACAGAAUUUAUUAAUCAGCCAAACAUUGGCCUCUGGCAACACGACACAGAUUAAAAACAAGCACUGCCUCGGCGUGCUAACAUCGCUAGAGAGCAACUAAGCUAGUAGUUUUGGCGCACUUUGGAUGAGCAACAUCACCUCGGUUCAGCAUGGACCGCAGCGGAACGGUACAUACAUCUCCAGGCAAGGACAACUCCAGCUCCGAUGACAACGUUCCUCUCUCGGAACUCGGCGUGAGGCGCCCCACAAAGGGAAAGGCGUCUCCGGAGAACGCACACAGCUCUAAAGAAGAUUCAAAGGAGGACAGAAGUGAUGACGAGCCGCUGAUUAAGCAGAAGACGUCUGCAAAGAAGAGAGACAGCAAGUUGUCCACAUUUCACGGCAGAAAAUGGAAGAACGCAGCAGACGACAGCUCUGACAACGCUCCUCUGGUCAAAGCAAAAGCCUCAUCCAAGUCUGGCAAGAAGCACUUCUCAACGCCACCCAAGAAAUCUGCCAUGAAGAAGAAAGAGGUGAAGGAUGAUGACGUGAGUUCAGACGAUGAACCUCUGAGUGUGCGUGCCAAGAAGCUGAGGCCUCAACACAAGGAAAAUCUGCCUGUCGGGACAUCCCAAGCAGACAAUGGGGCAAAAUCCAAAAGGAGCGCUGCGAAGAAAAGAGUCAAAUAUACAGAAUCUUCCAACGAGAGCUCCGAUGACGAGCCGCUGACAGCCAUCGUGGGGAGGAAGGCCAUCGCCGCCCGUCAGCAGACGCCCGCAAACAAGAGGAGCAAACCAAAGCGAACCAGCAAAGGGCACAAAGCAGAGCCUCCAUCUUCUCACGACACCUCUGACGAUGACACGCCCCUUGUGACCCCCAAGCAGCGAAAGCCAGCCGAGGAAAAGAGAGGCAAGAAGAUCACCCUGACGCAAGGCAGCGCGUCUAAAAAGAGACGAGGUCAGUCUGAUGACAGCUCAGACGACCAGCCUCUGAAGAAAUCCCAAACGGAAAAGACGUCCAAGCUGAAAAAACAACCCUCUGCUCUGAAAAAGAAGGCGGCGACCCCCAAAGCAGGCAAAAAGAAGGUCGGCCAAGCUGCCAGCUCUGAUGAUGAAUCUUUUGUGGAAGCAUUUAAGCACCCUCAAGUGACCAAGAAGCUCACUAUCAAACUGGAGAGGUGUGAGAUUAAGGAAGCAGCUGCCACAGGAAGUCACCACGGAGAAUGGCGCGUUGCAGAAGAGCCCACUGAGAAACUUGUGGAAAGCUCAGAGUAACGGAAGAAAAGUCUUAUUCAUGUUUUGAGUGUUUUCUGUACGGGGGAUGUUUGUUUCAAAGCAGGUUUGUUUUAGACGCUUUUAGAGAGAGCCCCUCCUAAAACACAUAUGUCCAAAAAAAAACAUGUUUUCUAUGUAAAUAAUUUUACAAGUCAAUUUGUUGACUCCAAUUUUGAAGUUUGGGACCAAACGCUUUUAAGUUUGACACCAAACAUCACUCGCUUUUAUGUGCACACAAGCAUGUUUCUGAAAUGUUUUACUAUUGCCAGUUGUUUGAUGCCGAUGCGCGCUUUUAUUGUUUACAGAGAAGAAAACUGUGAAGUUGCACACCAAUAUCUGUUUUUUUUUGCUCCCAGAAUCGAAUGUACUUUCAGCAUGCUUUAGUGAUGAA